CAGAAGAAGAAAGGUCACAAAUGACGGCAAAGAUGGCAGCCUCCAUAGUGGAGCAUGGAGAAGAUGCUUUUAGAAAAUUGUUCAAGUUUUAUAGGAGGAGAAACCCUCCUCCAGACUUCAGUGAAGUUAUUAACUUUUCCAAACCAUGUAAUGACAAGGCGUGAGGAAUAUGAUAUGACAUGAAAAUGAGAAAAAAUGUUAACGUUUUUCCUUGUGAACUGAACUCCACUUCUCUAAGUGAGGAUGAUGUUUCUAAAGUUGGUCUUCAACCGAUUAAAGACUGGAGAGCUUUUGGUCUGCAUGGGUAUCCAGGUUUUAUAUUUAUAUCCAACCCAUUCCUACCGGGCUCUCAGCAGUUCUGGGUAAAACAGUGUCUGAAGAUCUAUCCACAGAAACCCAACGUGUGUAACCUAGAUAUGCAUAUGUCUUCUGUGGAUACUGAAAACAUCUGGGAAAGAAGCAUAGAUGCUAUUCAGAGAAAAGGCAAUAGGAAAAGAGAGCCAAAAACACUGUUGGAAAAACUGCGAUGGGUUACUCUUGGUUACCACUAUGACUGGAACUCUAAGACUUACUCCCCCGAACACUAUACUCCUUUCCCAAAGGAACUUCAAUCGCUUUCUCAUAAAGUAGCUGCAGCUUGUGGCUUUUCAGAAUUUGACGCUGAAGCUGGUAUUCUCAACUAUUACCGAUCCGAUUCAUCGCUUGGAAUCCAUGUUGAUGAAUCAGAGCUCGAUCAUACACGACCUUUGUUGUCUUACAGUUUUGGUCAGACUGCAGUUUUCCUGUUGGGUGGGACUAAAAGAGAAGACCGUCCCACUGCUUUAUUCAUGCACAGCGGUGACAUAAUGGUGAUGUCAGGACCCAGUCGGCUACAUUACCAUGCAGUACCCUGCAUCGUCCCAUCGCCUGCUGGAAACGUCCUGCCACCCGGCCUGUGCCAGAGACUAGAGACAGAGGUGCAGGAUGAGGACGUCAUUCAAAGUGUUUCUCAAGAAGAUUGGGACAUUUGCUCAUGGUACUUGCAGACGUCUCGGGUAAAUGUGACUGUUCGACAGGUACUUGCUUCUGGUCAGAGCUUUCCAGCUACACAGACAUCACAAAUGUCAGAAGAAGAACCUCAAAUGAUUAAGAAGAGGAAAAGCGAAUCUGGCUAUGAGCGCGACACCUAGCAUGUCUGUUUUGGACUGGAUACAUAUUUAAUUCAUGUAAAAUGCACCUGGUUUUAAGCUUUGUACAUAAGAUUGUGAAUAAAAGCAUUAUUCUAAUUUA